GCUCUUGUUUAUUUUCUAAUGUUCAACACGUUUUUCCUUGUUACAGAAUUCUAAUAAAAUCACAGACAAUUUUCCAAAAUGGGCAAACAAUUUAAUAAAAAGUUUAAUAACCAUCAUAGGAAACCUUAUCACAAGUCUGAUAACAAAAAGCCUUUUAAUAAUCGGAACCGUAGCAACGAUGAAUUUGCCAACAAAAAGAAGCCAGUAUUUACGAUUAAAGAUAAUUUAAGAGAAGAUCAGGUCGGUAUAACGGAGUACGUUAAUGCUGGUGAGGGAUUUACAGGAAUUUUAAAAUCACGUUUCUCCGAUUUCCAUGUCAAUGAAAUCGAUUUAAGGGGUCAAAUUUUGCAGUUAACUGAUUUAACUAUACCAGAGCAAAAAGAAGAAGAAUUAAGUGUGGAGGAAGUAAAUAAUGCCAAGGAAGAACUUAAAACGGUCAUCAAUGAAGAAGUUUGGCAAAAAAUCAACGAUCUAAAAGAAGCUAAACAUGAUAACAAUAAGAAACCGGAAGAUUCCGCUAUUUAUAUCGAUGUAACGAAAUUGGAUAAGGAACAACGCACCCAAAUUCACAAAGUGAUUAAAAAACUUUAUGAAAACAAAUUGGUGAGUUCUACCGUAGGUGCAGAACAAGCAGGAAGCACUGAUGCAGAUAAAAAGUUCAUACGCGUUAUGAAAUCAAAGGGAAGGGAUCGUAAUAAAUGGACCUUUCCCGAGGAAUAUGUACACUUUUUGGUGCACAAAGAGAAUCUUGAUACAAGUGAGGUGGCGUCAUCAAUUGCCAAUAAACUAAAUUUAAGACCAUCACAAGUCAACUAUUGUGGCACCAAAGACAGAAGAGCUAAAACUACACAAAAGUUUUGCAUUAAAAAGCGUACGCCCCGACAAAUUGUGGGCACAGUAAAAUUUUUAAAUGGCGUUAAAAUUGGCAAUUUUGAAUUUAGCAAAAAUGUUUUAAAAUUGGGUGAUUUAAAAGGAAAUCGUUUUCGUAUUGCAUUAAGACAUUUAAACGGUGAGAAGCAGCACAUAGAAAGCUCAUUAAAGAAUGUUAAAGAGCAGGGUUUUAUUAAUUAUUUUGGUUUGCAAAGGUUUGGCAACUGUUCCACCAUACCCACCCAUGAAAUUGGUGUAGCUUUAUUAAAGGCUGAUUAUAAAACGGCCUGUGAAUUAAUUUUGAAACCUCGUGAAAAUGAUAUACCUUUCCUCAAAAGUAUACGUGAAAUGUGGUGGAAAAAUCGUGAUUCGAGAGCAGCAGCGGCACAAUUCCGUAGUGAUCGCUUUAUAGAAAAGAAAUUAUUAGAUGGUUUGGCCCAGUAUGGAGAAAAUGAUUACGCAGGAGCUUUAAGAAAAAUACCACGCAAUAUGUUACUUUUAUAUCCGCAUGCAUUUCAAAGUUUAAUCUUUAACAAUAUGGCUUCAAGACGUAUAAAGGAAUUUGGUCUAACCCUAAUGCCAGGAGAUUUAGUUUAUCGCAACAAAGAUGAAUUAGAUAUAGAAAUGGAAGCAACAGAAUUGCCCGAAACUGAAGAAAACAACGAAGAAAAAACCACGGAAAAUGAAAGUGAAAUGUCUGCAGAGGUAGGUGCAGGAACUUCUGAAUCUGUCUUCAAACGCAAAGUUAAACCCUUAACUGAAGAAGAUAUAGCCAGCGGUAAUUAUAGCAUUUAUGAUGUAGUAUUACCUUUACCAGGCCACGAUAUCACUUAUCCUGAAAAUGUGGUAGGUAAUUGGUACAAAGAGGAAUUGGAAAAAUAUGAUCUUUCUUCAGAAAAAUUAAAACACAAUGUAAAAACAUUUGCCAUGGCAGGAGCUUAUCGUAAACUGGUUAUCAAACCUAAAGAUAUGUCUUGGGAAAUUAGAUCUUAUGCAACACCUGAGGAAACUUUAAUUUUAUCAGAUUUUGAAUUGUUAAAGGGCAAAAAAGUUGAAGAUUUCAAAGUAGAGGGAAAUGAAGGUAAAUACGAAGCUUUAUUGUUAGAUUUUUGUUUGCCACCAGCGGCAUAUGCUACAAUGAUGUUAAGAGAAUUGCUGAAACGUGAUACCUCAGCAGCGGCUCAAACUAUACUUCAGCAGGCAGCUUUAAAGGAGUCAACAGCUGAUGAGAAUGAAGAAACGCAACAGAUUGCCGUAACUAAUGAUGUAAGUAAUGAUCAGAAUAAAGAGGUUAAACAAACAGAGGAGACAUCACCGGCAGUUGGUGAAAAAAGAAAAGCUGAUGAUGUGGAUAAAGACGAUUUAGUUCAACCAGCUAAGCUGGUAAAAGAUAACGAAACAAUAAAUGAAUAGCUAAGAAUUUCAUCAUAUACAAAUAGUUUUUGUAUAAUAAAAGCGAUAAUUUUUUUUAGUUUUUGAUAAGUUAUCAAUGAAAUUAAAUAUUUUUAGUACCUAACUGAAAUUUUAUUACUAUAAUAUCCUUACAAUUUCAUAACCUACUAAUAAACUGAUAAAAAACAUA